GCCCGGGCCAUGGCCAAGUCCUACGAUCACCUCUUCAAACUGCUGCUGAUCGGGGACAGCGGGGUGGGCAAGACCUGCCUGAUCAUCCGCUUCGCCGAGGACAACUUCACCAGCACCUACAUCUCCACCAUCGGGAUCGACUUCAAAAUCCGGACAGUGGAAAUUGAGGGGAAAAAGAUCAAACUCCAGGUCUGGGACACGGCAGGACAGGAGAGGUUUAAAACCAUCACGACGGCGUAUUACCGAGGAGCCAUGGGAAUCAUCCUCGUCUAUGACAUCACGGAUGAGAAAUCCUUCGAGAACAUCCAGAACUGGAUGAAGAGCAUCAAGGAGAACGCUUCUGCGGGGGUGGAGCGCCUCCUCCUGGGGAACAAGUGUGACAUGGAGACCAAGCGCAAGGUGCAGCGGGAGAGUGCAGAGAAGCUCGCGAAGGAACAUGGGAUCCGGUUCUUUGAGACUAGUGCCAAGUCCAGUGUGAACGUGGAGGAGGCCUUCAACACCCUGGCCCAGGACAUCCUGCUGAAAUCCACCAAGAAACUGGGUAAAACCCCCAAAGGGAACCUGGACUUGAAAAAUGCUCCAAAGAAAAGCAGCAGUAAAUGCGCCGUGGUCUAG